UUUGUGUUUUGUUCCCCUCCGCGCGGAUCUGGGGAAGGGAGAGCUCUGGUGCCCACUGUUGCUGGUGGGUGGUGGUUGUUGUUUUUAAAUGAUUGAUUUUAUCCGGAGCUUUCCUCCGCGUACUUUGGUCCGGUUCCCAAGUUCCUAGCUCUUUGCUGCGAGUCAGUUUCAGGCGGGUGGAAACUGACCAAGAAUUAAGCAAACAAAAGAUUCCAAAAGAAUCCCGCUGAGGGGUUCCUCCAAUACAUUUUUGAUUCCUCUCAGUCUCGCUCCCCAGGCUGGGAGGAGGGGGAGAAGAGGAGCUGGGAGAAGGAGGACAAGUGUUUAAGCCAAGGGUUCAGAGGGGCCCAAAGGAAUUUCCCCAAGACCCUUCCUGCUUCUCUGGAUCCAGGUUUGCUGCAUGUUCUGUUUUGAUCUUAAAGUUCACGUGAAUUUUCCCGGGGUCUUGUGUAAGCCUUGGAUUGUUGUUGUUUUUUCCCUCAUCUUGUUGGGAAGCAGGAGGGAGGCGUCCACUCUUGGAUUGAUUUCAGCCUCGUUAGGCUUUCAUUUUGCCCCUCUUGGGCUUUUUGGAAUUUUUUAAAACUCAGUUCCUAAGAAGAAGAGGAAAGAGAAGAAAGCAAAAAACCCUUAAGCUAUCCCCACCAAGAAAACCAACCAAUAGCUUUUGGAGUGAGGCUUGCCUCCCUACCAAAAGACAUACUCCCGCCAUGGCACUGAAAGGCCGAGCACUUUAUGACUUUCAGAGUGAGAACAAGGAGGAGAUCAGCAUCAAACAGGAUGAGGAGCUGGUGGUCUUCAGCGAGACCUCCUUGGACGGCUGGCUGCAAGGCCAGAACAGCCGGGGGGAGACUGGACUCUUCCCGGCCUCCUACGUGGAGAUCCUCCGCUGUCGUUCUGACUCCAACUACACAGACUACUCCAACAGCCCGGCCAGCUCCCCCAGCAACGAGACGUCUUUCUACGUCACUCCUGUGGCCAGCUCAGGCAUCAUCUCUCACCAGGGCAGCUUCGAGGAUGACGAUGAGGAGGACUGGGAUGACUGGGACGAUGGCAGCACCGUGGUGGAGGAGCCCAGGGGCGUCGGGCUGGGCACCAACGGCCACCCCCCCCUCAACCUGUCCUAUCCCGGCGCCUACCCCAACCAACACGUCAGCUUCCGGCCCAAGCCGCCCCUGGAGCGCCAGGACAGCACGGCCUCGGGCAAGCGGGGGAGCGUGGUGGGCCGCAACCUGAACCGCUUCUCCUGUUUCGUCCGCUCCGGCGUGGAGGCCUUCAUCCUGGGAGACGUCCCCAUGAUGGCCAAGAUCGCCGAGGCCUACUACAUCGAGAUGGGUCCCAAAGGCCCCCAGUGGAAGGCCAGCCCCCACCCCUUUGCCUGCUCUGUGGAGGACCCCACCAAGCAGACCAAGUUCAAGGGCAUCAAAAGCUACAUCUCCUACAAACUGACGCCCAGCCACGUGGGCUCCCCCGUCUACCGGCGCUACAAGCACUUCGACUGGCUCUACAACCGGCUGCUGCACAAGUUCACCGUGAUCUCGGUGCCCCACCUGCCCGAGAAGCAGGCCACGGGCCGCUUCGAGGAGGACUUCAUCGAGAAGCGCAAGCGGAGGCUCAUCUUGUGGAUGGACCAUAUGACCAGCCACCCCGUGCUGUCCCAGUACGAGGGCUUCCAGCACUUCCUCAGCUGCCUGGACGACAAGCAGUGGAAGAUGGGCAAGCGGCGGGCGGAGAAGGACGAGAUGGUGGGGGCCAGCUUCCUGCUCACCUUCCAGAUCCCCACCGAGCACCAGGAUCUCCAGGACGUGGAGGACCGCGUGGAUGCCUUCAAGGCCUUCAGCAAGAAGAUGGACGACAGCGUUCUGCAGCUCACCAACGUGGCUUCGGAGCUCGUGCGUAAGCACAUCGGGGGCUUCCGUAAGGAGUUCCAGAAGCUGGGCAAUGCCUUCCAGGCCAUCAGCCAUUCCUUCCAGCUCGACCCCCCCUACAGCUCAGAUGCCCUCAACAAUGCCAUCUCCCACACCGGCAAGACCUAUGAGACCGUGGGGGAGAUGUUUGCUGAGCAGCCCAAGAAUGACCUCUUCCAGAUGCUGGACCGGCUCUCCCUGUACCAGGGCCUUCUCUCCAACUUCCCUGACAUCAUCCACCUACAGAAAGGUGCUUUCGCCAAGGUCAAAGAGAGCCAGCGCAUGAGCGACGAGGGCAAGAUGGACCAGGACGAGGCCGACGGGAUCCGCAAGCGCUGCCGCGUGGUGGGCUUCGCCCUGCAGGCCGAGAUGAACCAUUUCCACGAGCGUCGGGUGCUGGACUUCAAGCAUAUGAUGCAGUCCUAUCUACGGCAGCAGAUUCUCUUUUACCAGCGGGUCAGCCAGCAGCUGGAACAGACCCUGCGCAUGUAUGACCACCUCUAAGUGCCCCUCUGCCUCUCCUGCUGAGCCUCUGCUCCAGCCCUUCCCCUCCCCACGCAGUCUUCCCUGGCCCAGAUGUCUGCUCAGGUAGAGAGAGAGCCCGGAGGGGCUUCCUGAUAGGGAUGGCUUUAUCCCAGUUUCCGCUGCCCCUUUUGUACGGCUAACCAGCUCCUCUUUCUUCUCCUUCGUAGGUUUAUGUCUGCCCAAGAGUGGUCUAUCUUCGUGGCCUAGGCUCAGAGGGAAUCAGUCCCCUUAUGGGAGGCUCUCGCAGGGGCUGCCUUGAUCCCCGUUUAGAGCAGGGCCCAUCUCUGCCCCCCUUUGUAAAAGGGCCCGAGAGUAGGGUGGGAGCGACCUGGUUUCUAGUUUUGAGUGGCCUGGCUUCCUUUUCAUUCAAAGUGGGAGCAGAGGCAAAUAGGGGAGGGAGCUUUCCGAGACCUGAGGCCGUGGUGGCCUAGAGAGAGAACCCAAGAGAGCCCAGUCCCCAGCCCUCAACCUUCCCCUGCACAAUAUGACAGGACUCUGCGAAUCAGGGUUAUUCCAAGACAUUCCUGGACAGGGCUAUGGGGAGAUCUGAGCAUCCCCUUCUUUCUGCUGAAAACCUUAAGGCUUCCUCACCUAUCUUUGCCCCUGAACCACAGCUACUGUCUACCUAUGGCAUGGAUUGUGGCCACUGACUCCCCUUUGUGACAGGGAAUCUGGCCAAAGCCCAGAUGAGGAGGGAAACUGGGCCCCACGAUAGCUGCCCACAAGUCUUUAACCCCUCCUUCCUCUAGUCCCAUUCUCACCGGUCAGUGGGGACCCUGAAGUUCCUACUAAUGCCAGGCCCCCGGGUGGUGUGGGACCUUGCCAGGGGCCACUAAUGCCCAGCUAAGAUCCUCCCCUAAUUGGAUCCCAUUUGUCUCCUUCCCACCUCCCAGCCCCAAGAUCUGAGGCCCCUUGCAGGAGCUACCUGAAUGCUAGCCUUGAUUGAUAAGCUUGGUGGCCUUCUGCCCCCUGGACUCAUACUCUUUACCCACACUCUAGCUCUUACUCUGGAACUGAACUUGCCUGAUGUUUGUGCUCACCAGCAGUAAUAACCUAUGGGGUCAGGGCCCAGAUAUCUUCGAUUCCACAAGUCCUUAAUGGACCCCUUGAGUGCCUUUCGAUCCACCCAGAUCUCUAGCAUGGUGAUAACCUGCCAGCUGUUCCUGCUCUUAAAUGACAGAGAAUCUGUGGGACAGAAGGAAGGGUAGGGGGAGCCUCGCCCUAGGUGCCCUCCUGGUGCCCAUCCCCUCUUCUCGCAUGCACUGUGAUGCCAGCCCAGCCUCACUGAGGAUGGGCAGAAAUGCCUCUGGUCAUUGUUUACAUCCCAGUGGGAGCUGCCCACAUACCCUGUAGGUUUGGGGGGGAGGGUAGAGAGGGUGGGAGGGAUGCCACCAGACAGUGGGACACAGGCAGAUGUGUGCCACAGUUUGGUGGCACCCCUUAAGGCCUCAGGCAGCCCCCCUUGCUUCUGUUUGUUCUCUUUUUUUUCUCAAAAGAACUUUUACAAUUAAAACAACAGAGUUAAAAUUU